UCCAACAGAAUCCGAUAUCAUUUCUUAUACAAGAAGGGGUAGUCAUCUGAUGAUUCAUCUAAGAUACCUUUAUUUGAGUUCCGAUUCGUGUAGCCCCAGAACGAUUACCGAAUACCUGAGCGAACUCUGGAAUCUACAGUUUCUGAAAAUUGUAAGAAGCAGUACUGGAAGGGAUGAUGAUGAUGAAAAAGGACGAUUGAAAUUGAGGAAGGUUAAUCAAUUGAGGCAUAUUAUGUGUUAUGGCUUUUCUCUGAGUCUAUUGAUAGAAAAAGAAGUGAUCAAUAGUGAUGAUAAUAAUGGAGGAGGAGGUGGAGGGCUAUUAAAGAAUCUCCAAACGCUGAUAGGUUUGGAUGCUGAAUUUUGUGUGGAGGAUGUCUUGUCUAUGACCCCAAAUUUAGUUACAUUGCAUCUAAUAAGCAAGGGAACUAUAAUUUCUCAGAAUCAGCUAGUCAUUCUUCCCUUAUUAUUGAAGCGCCUCCAAAAGCUAGAGUUGUCUUGUAAAAUAGUUGCAAACCCUGAAAUAUGUCACCAAAACAUCACCCACCUCGUCCUCCGAAACACGCAGAUCAAUGGGGGAUACCUGAUGCGAGCACUGCGGAAGCUACACAAGAAUCUUCGCGUCCUUGAACUCCUAAUUCGUUCUGUUUCUUUCACCAAGGAAGGUGAAGCUGGCGUUUUAGAUUUCAGUAGUAGCGAUGGCGAUGAUGAUGAUGAUGGGUUUGGUCAGCUCACAUUCUUGAAACUGGAAGAUUUGAAAGGAUUAAAGGAAUGGAAAAUGUCGGUGGGUGUAAUGCCAAGUCUUCAAAAGGUAUCUGUCAAAUUAUGUAGGGAUCUAGAGCGUCUUCCAUCAGAAGCCCUAAAGGCCAUCCCCACUUUGCAGGAGUUGGAGCUAGAUAGUUACCAUGAACAACUACGAACAGAUGCCAAGAGACUUGCUGAGGAACAUCUCCCAAAAGAUCAGCUUAAGCUCCUUAUUGUUGUUAUGGACCUUGUUGACUUGCUUUCUGAAACAUUUUCAAAGUGGCCAACAACGUCUCAGCACAAUAAGCCCACAAGCCUAAGCUAAAGGAUAGAAGUUGAAAAUCAAAUUUGCAGUUCAAUAUUUUAAGGUCCAGUUUGGAACCAAGUAAUUGUAAUGGGAAGACGACACUCAAUUGGAAUCUUUAAGUACAAGUAGUAUUCAUGGAUGAGGAAUUCUAUCUCUUUUCUUUCACUGCUUCUUCCUUCACUUCAAAUAAUAUUGUGGAUUCAUUUCCAUUGAGAUGCAUUGCAAUAUAGUUUGGUUGUGCGAAUGGUGAAUUUAUUUCUUUCUCUUUAAGAUGUAUGAUGGUUGUCAUUAUCCUGUAUGUUGAGCUACAAUUCGUUUGUAUUUCUGUUCUUGUGCUACUGUCAAUGAUGUUAAUAAAUAACUAUUGCAUGAAAGAAUAGAGUGUUAUGUUUGUCUCGAAAUAUUCUUGACCCGUUUUGUAGAUUGAUCGACCCACUCGAAUCUAGUUUGGUGGCGACUCAAAUAGAAUUUUUUCUUCAAUCUCUGAUGGUAGGAUAAAGGUUUUAAAUAUCUUGAUUUGAAAAAACGGGGGGCCAAAAAAAGACCAUAUCUCACAUAAAGUGAUACCCUAUUUAGCUUUUGAUGGCCCCUCCUAAAUGUC